AUGGUUCAACAAAAGAAUAGGCCGUAUCAGGGCAGUUCAACCCCAAUGUCUGACAAGCCCAUGAGCGAUUCACUUCGAGCAGCGCAGGUAAUAUUUCAAAAACAUUCUGACCAACCGGGACAAUCGAACUCUACAACUCCUACUAGUGCUGCUGCUAACGGUAAUUUGAGUAGUGCUAGUAAUAUAAGACGUGGUAGCUCUCAGUCAAUACCUGCUAAAGUUGCUGCUACUGUGGUUAAGAAUAGAACAGUUACACCUCCUCCAAAGAAUUCUAGUAGUACAAGUUUUAAUCACCAUGAUUCGCCUCCUCCUCUGAAUGAGCAAGCCCAUGCAGCUGCUCUUUUGGCCCUUUCUGCCUUAAAUUCUGGGAAUGACGAUGAAAAUAAUCAUCAUGGUAAUCAUACUGGGCCUAGUGAAUCUGAGAAACCGAUGCCAGCAGCUGCAAAACAAAAGCAGUCCCACUUAAUACCAAAUCAAAAUCUGGCCCAUUUGUACAGGGUUCCGUCAUCUCGUAACAGUUCGACUGUUAAUGUAGCGACUUCGAAUCCUAAUGGUUCAAUAAGUCUAGAUGACCUACCGAGGUUAGAAGUUUCGAGAGACGCACACUCACCUAUUCAUAAGAGUACAGCAACGACACCCUCAAGGCCUAAUUUAUCGUCAGCUUUAAAUGUGAAUGGAACUUCAAAGGCUAAUACCAAUGCCAAUAAACAACAGCACACGGAACAGCAAUCAUUAUUAUCACCAUAUGGAAGAAGUCCCACAGAGUCACAAAAGCAACCUUAUAGACAACCUGCUGAGCAGGUUAAGCAACAAUUAAAAGAGAUUCAUAAACAACCACAACAAAAUUUGCAACAGCAUCUGCAACAACAUUUACAGUCACCACCAAGACCGCCUUCGGCUCACAGAGUAAUGUCUACGCCAAUACAGUUACCUCAAAGAUCGUUACAAGUACAAACGCCGCAACUGCAGCAUCCUCCUCCUCCUGAGGAGCAAACACCGUUACAACCUAACCCUCCGUUAACUCCACAUCCUUAUUCUUCACCAAUAAUGUCGCAUGAUUUCGAGCAUCAAUCUUUGACGUUGACGCCGGCAAGUCAAAAUUCAAACCAACAGCUACAGCAGCAGCAACAGCAGCAGCAACAACCUUCUCCCGGGAGACCAAUUUCAAGAACUCUAACUGGUCGCGUACCGCCACCAAGAAUUUAUUUAAGCUCAUCUGGUGACGAAGGAACGACGGAUUGUGCAGCUGAUAAUGAAACAGAUGCUACAAGUGAAAGGCCAAUUAGAAGAAAGCAAGUACUAAGACGUGAUUUAGAUGAAUCGUCAUCCUCAUUCAUUUCAAGUGAUUCGCCAGUUUCUUACGGUUUAGAAAAUUCUUCUUGGGAAGAUCCAAGACAUGCGACAGUGGAUACUUUUGGUGACGGAUUAGAAAAUGAUGAAAUUGAUGACAAUAAUAUUAAUGAAGAUGAUUAUGAUGAUUAUGAUGAUUACGAAGAUGAUGAGGACGUAGAUGAUGAAGGUAUUGGUGAAGGAUAUAGUUUGCCGCCCAAGAUAACAAGAGUUCCUUGUGAUCAUUAUGAUUUUCCAGAGACUGCUUCAUUACCAAACAUGGAUAAUAUAAGUACUUCGGCAUCUACCUACAGUGCUGGUCAAACCUCAGGUGGGCCAAUUACAACGAAACCAAAGCGUGUCCAACUAAAACCUGCAGUGCAUCAUAAAAGUGUUGCUAAGACAUCACAACCUCAAUCUCAAUUACCGCCCCAGUCGCAGCAAACACCACCACCAUUGCAAUCUCCCACACAACUGCAGCAACAACAACCGAAUAUCAAAUAUCAAGGAACGCUACCGGAUUUGAUUCCCAACCAUACAAGAAGGACCAAGAUGGAGAAACUGAAGAGUAGAAUUUUCGGAUCACAUAAUGGUAGAAGCAAAAAUACUAGCCCAUUUGAUUUCUCCACAGACAGGACAAGUGUCACUUCAGAUCCGGAAGGCCAUGCAGUCGUGAAGACGAAUCAAAAUAUGAGAUUUAAGACUACGAUGCGUAAGGACGUUUACGAUGGAGCCUAUAAGGAUGGAAAAUAUCACGAUCAAGGAGAUGAUGUAAAUAAAUCUCCUAGACACAGGUACGACUCUGAUUCGGAUGAAGAUAGCGAUUCCUCCACGGAGCAUAGAGAGGAAAAGCCUAAUAGGAAUAGAGGUAUUGGUAUUAGAAAGAAGUUGAAGCACACGGCAGCAGUAGUUCCUUACUCAGAUCAUUUACUUCACAUGGAAAGUCGUCAUACACCAAGGACUUUUAAUGAGGAUAAGCCAUGGAAAUCCCACAAUGACGUUGGUUUCGUUACUUCGCAGGAAAGAAAAAGGUAUGAAGGUAUGUGGGUCAGUAACAGAUGCAUGUAUUUAGAUCUGCUGGAUUGGUGGGAGGCCGUCCUAGACGGUGAUAACCACGUAAACGUAGAUUUACCAGAUGAUGGUCUUAUGUUGAAUUUGGUGGUUAAAGACAUCUGGAGCAGAUCUAACUUGUCAGUGGAAUUACUUUUACAAAUCUACGAAAUGGUGGAUUCUCGUAAGGAUGGGACUUUGGAUAGAAAAUCGUUCGUCGUUGGUAUGUGGCUCGUUGACCAAUGUCUAUAUGGUAGAAAAUUACCAAAGGAAAUUGAUCAAAAAGUUUGGAGUAGUGUGGACAAAUACGCGGUUAGCACAAUUAACUCUACUAAUUUGAGGAACCUGGACAGGACUAAGAAAAAGCAAAUGAGGAAAGAGAUAAAAAAUAUCAAAAGGGAUAUUAAAAAUGUACAUUUAUGA